AUGGCCCUCAUGCAAUUAUUAACGGAGUUGUUGCAACGAAUCAUCCCACACACCCUGCCAGAGGGAUUUGAGUGCCUAGCAUUAACAUGCAAAUAUCUCUACACACUAUGCAUCCCCUUUCUCGAGCACUAUAACAACCUACGCUUUCAUUUUCAGAAGUUCGAAUACAACAAAACAAAUAAGGACUUUAGAGAGUUUAGAUAUUAUCACGACUUGCUCCGGUUUCCUGAUACAGCGACCUCGGCGUAUAGUCUGAUUUCGCGAAUUGCUAUCGAACCAACUGUGCGACGCUAUAUUCUUGAGGCUACCUUUUCGCUCGAUAGUCGUGCCUACACUCGACUUCCCACAACCGUCCGAGAGAAUGCCGGGUCCGAAAUAUGGAGAGAUCGUAAUGAAGCUACGCGUCAACUAUUCGCGGACUCAUUGUAUUUGAGGGAAGCAGGACUCGACUGGAAGGAAUUCUAUAGCGCUAUGAUGGAGGAUGUCAACAGCUGGCGCCAAUCAGAACAUGCUGCUGCCUUUGCUCUGACCCUUCUACCGAAUCUGCGGGUACUCACGCCAGCAUUUUCUCGGCUUCGGUCUUCUGCACCUCAAAAUCUCAUCACUACCGUUCUCCAAACUGCCAGGAAAAAUCCUCAUAGUAAUGCCAGCCUUGCACAGGUCACGACAUAUAGUGGGAGUUGUGAUAUACCAUGGGUUCCGUUGCUCCUAGCUCUACCGCGCAUCAAAAAGUUUUGGGGCUACGGAUACAUGGGCAAAGCCGAGGGUGACAACUGUAUUGAGUCCAGUUAUCUAGGCACCGAUUUGGAUUCGAAGCUUGAGGUGGCAGGGUUUAACGAUGCGUCCGUUGAUGCCGAGGCCAUUGCAGGUUUUCUCAAACACACUCCCAGUCUCAAAACAUUGACGUACUGGCAUUCAACUGAAGCCAACGGGGGAUACCGAGACUGGGAUCUCUGUAGAUUCAUCGCGGGAGUGCAGCAUGAGGUGGGGAGUCAUCUCGAGCACCUCUGUGCAGUCACUUUAGAACUACGCUGCUUGAUAACCCCAGGGAAGCCAUGCCUACGCGGCUUUCAGCGCCUCGAAAGCCUUGAGCUGCCGCUUGAUAUCGUUCUUUGUAAUUUUGAAGCCGCACAUCCAGCAGAUCAUCCAGCCGAUCAUGAGUCAAUGGACUCCAAUUCCUUAAUUGGUGACAUAGUACCCGCGUCCGUCUCUGUUCUUUCCUUAUUAUCGCCCGGAAAGAGCCCCCACGAUAAGGCUCUUGAGCUCCUCUUUCGUAACUUUGCCAGUCAGAAGCAGUUCUACACCCCGAACUUGAAGAAAAUCUUGUUGACGUGUCCUUAUGAUGCGGAUGAAUUAUACAAAGCACAGUGUGCCAACCUGGCAGCGGAGGCUAAAAGGGCGGGUGUGGAUUUUGGGCUAUCGGGAGACCUAUGUCUAAUUUCGGAAUUAGCUGAGAAUAUGCGCUGUCCGUUUUACUCAUGA